AUGAAACCAGAGGUGCAUUCACUUCCGGAAGACCCUCCGAACUACUACAUUUCUCUCUCCGAUAUUGCUCAUCCAUCGAUUGUACAAUCUUAUUUAAAUUUGGAUCGUAUUAUGGAAGAAAUACACGGAUCAUGGUUUGUGGGAGAUUGUACAAAAUUUAGGCUUGCGAGUUAUUUGCAUCAAAUCAUGUUAUUUCUGCUCAUGAAGAGUGAACCUCUGAUCAAGUUGAGAAAUGAAAAUUUCAGAAAAGUUAUGCAUGAAUAUGCUGUACAGCGAGUGAUAGAAAUGGAUGAAAAGUAUGUCAGGAUGUUAGUACUUGAAAAUCAAUAUUCAUCUGAAACACCAAACGACAAAGAACCAAUAUCGAAGAAUCAAGUUCUAAUGACGAGUCCAAAUUUUGAAGCUAUGACCUCGUCUCGCCAAUAUUUUAAUAUUCUGAUCGAUCAUUUCUUUCCAGGAGAGUUAUCAACUUUUGCAAAACAAGAAGCACACAAAUUGACCCAAUCCUCAACUGGUGUUACUCAUUUGCAAAAGUUUUUGAACCACUACUUUACAAGUUCGGAGUUUGGAGAUAUCAAUGGAGAACUUGAUGAAGCAUUUUGCUGCUCUCUCUUACUUUUGCUGGAAUACUUGUCAGCUGAAGUGUUAGAGCUGGCUCUCAAUCAGACAAAAACGAUACAAUCGAAUAUCAUAACAUUGGCGAAUGUCGCCAAGGGCAUUGAACAAGACGAAGAGUUGAGAAGUUUAAUGCAUUUAAGAGCUAUUGGAUAUUUAUCAACAGCUUUCGAGUCAUUGGAUGAUUUUACAUGUUACUACGAUGACGCCACAGGAGGCGCUCCACCCUUAACAAUGAAAGCAGAUGUUGAACAAAAAGAGGAAGCAGAAACACUUGUUAUUGAGGAACCAUCUUUAAAAAAGAGAAAGCUGGAAGAGGACUUUAAUAAUUUCUCUCAACUACCUCCAGAGCUUCAUGAAGAAAUUGUAAAACAUUUUUACCCUCUGCCCAAACUACUGGACAAGCGGUUGGUAUGUAAACGAUGGAAUUAUUAUAUUGUAAGAAAUGCGGAAAUAUGGAAAUACUUGUGUGCUCACACACUUCAAGAAGAGAAUAUCUUUGCAAGCAAUUUUAAAAACAUGACUCUACAUGAGAUUUUUUCAUCAAUAAGCUCAUAUCCAUUCUAUUCGAGUCCAUUUGGACAUUUCGUUCAAAUUCAUGACUUGCGGAAUUUUCUAGAAAUUUACAACUUGAAGGUGAGAUUUCACAUGCAGCUGUUCCAAGACCUCACAUCACCAAAGCUUUUUCAAGGCGAAGAAACUUGUAACUUGUGUGACUCUAUUAUUCGGUCAAUGCAAAAGAAUAUUACUUUUGGAGUUACGAGUUGUUGUGUUUCAAAUUAUGAGUUUCCAUAUGAUAACAAGGCUCUAUUCGCUGAAACGAAACUGUUCGGACUGCCGUAUGUGCCUCAACAGUUUGAAACACCAGAAAAUCAUUUCUUUCUUGGUCAAAUUAACUGUGAACAACUGAAAUCAAAAGGACUCAUUUCAUUGAAUAGAAACAUGCCAUUGAAAGGAAUGUUAUAUUUCUUUACCUCAUGUAAUGCAUGUAAAGUAUUCUAUAACGAAGAGAUUGGAGACUGGACUCCACUUCAACCGUUGCGACCAUAUGUGCCCGUUCCUUGGACCUAUCGUCUUACUAAUAUUUGCGAUUCCAUGCUCAUUCUCAAUGACAAUGCGUGUAGGAAGUCUCUCACUCCUAUGCUUGAAUAUUUUGACGAUGCUUGUCCCAUUGCCAGCAUUCCAAAUGUGCUUUCAAUUAGAAAGCAAAACGCUGUCGUGAUUGGUCUGACGGUUAACGAUGCAACGAAAAGUACAAACGAUGUUAUUUUAUGGAGAUCUCGUCACAAAAUCCAAAAUGUAAUCGUGACUAUAAUGAUCAGUGAAGAGGAUUUGAAGUUGAGAAGUUUUGACAAAUGUUGGAUGAUGGAAGAGAAAGAUCUCCAAGACAUUGAAGAAGAAAAAGUAGAUCCUUCCUACGGUAAUGAAUAG